AUGCUGUCUCCCACGGCACCCUCUCGGACUUCUCCGUCUCCGAGGACCAGUCCCCGUCUCGGCCGGGGAAAGCGACAGCGGAAGACGCUUUCAUGCUAUGAGUGUCGACGCCGCAAAUUGAGAUGUGACCGCGAGGAGCCUUCGUGUGGGCGCUGUAUUAAGGCCGGGCAUCCGGAAACAUGCUCCUAUGUCUAUGAUGCGCUGGCUGUGAAGCAUCCGCCAGCGCUGUCAUUCGCGCCAAAGCAGCCCGGCGCGCGUUCGCGCGAUGUUGCUCCAGAAAGUCAUGAAAAUCAUACUAGUUUCCCCCAGCCUAAAGUGGCAUACCAAUUCCUAGAUAUCAGCGGAGAAAAGGAUGGAACUCCUUCCUCUCUGCAGGCUGCGCAGAACCAAGGAACAUGGCAAUUACUAGGACAGAUGUCGGAUGCAGAACAGAGACCUGCCGUCAAAGCUGAUGCUGAUGACUCCGCCACCUAUCCUAGAGAGUUGAUGCCCAAGGAAACGGUCAUUUUUCGGGGAGAGAAUUUUAGAACGCAGUACUUUGGAGGCAGUAAUGCAACUAGCUCUAUUGCACAUUUUCCAGAACUUCGCACCUUUAUGAGGGAGACUAUCCGGCACCAGACAGCAUUGCCGCGUGUUCAACGGGAUGUAAAGACAUUGCAAGUCCGCUGGAAAGGUCUCAAGACCGAUAAUCUUUUGCCUGUGACACAUGAAGACUUACUCGGAUUACUCCCUGAUAGAGACACAGCAGACCGGCAUGUCCGAUUGUAUCUGGAUACUAUUGAAACAACAUAUCGGAUUGUUCACCACCAAUCUUUCUACGAACAGUAUGAGCUGCUGUGGGAAAAUCCACACGAGGUAAAAUCUGCGAGCGUGGUUAUUGUCCUACUCGUCAUGGCCUCUGUUAGCUGCAUGUUUUCACACGAGCACCCCAAGUACAUUGGUGACAGCUCCUUAUCCCGUGAAAAAGCAACAUUCUGGAUCGAGGUAGCCGAAAAAUGGCUAUCUUGUCAAAGUGAUAAACACGUUUACCUCGCCAUCUGGCAAAUUCGAUGCCUCGUACUUUUGGCCAAACAAAUCAACGUCAUAAAAAAGAAACGCAUCUGGACAGCGGCCGGAACCCUUUUGAGAGAGGCCAUGUCUUCUGGCUUUCAUCGUGACCCAAGCCUGCUGGGAGAUAAGGUGUCUUUUUUUGACCAAGAAAUGCGCAGGCGGUUGUGGGCUACAAUAAUAGAAUUGGAACUGCAAAUAUCCAUCGACAGAGGAAUGCCAUCCGCGUCAGCUGGCCUGCCUUCAGAUACGGCGACGGUGCUCAAUGUUCAUGACUCAGAGUUGACAAAGCAUGGUCGACCAACAUCUAGGCCCGUGGAAGAACACACGUCGGCCUUGUACCUCCACAUAUCAAGAUCGAGCUUUUCAUUACGAGUAUCUCUGAAUUCCCUUGUGAACGAUUUAAGUUCGCCACUACUAUAUGACCAGGUCCUGAAUUAUGAAGACGCGAUUACCAAAGAACUCCGCAAGCUGCCUCAGGUGACUGAAUACCAGAAACCGCAAGACAAGAACGACAGUGUAUCUCUCAUGGCGCGGACACUGCUUGAUAUACAACUCCGCCAAUUUCUCAUAAUGCUUCACAGCCCCUUUGCUCGCCAAGCAGAGACAAACUCGCGAUUUCUAUUAUCAAGGGUUACUUGUCUCAACGCUGCUGUUGAAAUCCUCAGGAAAUAUUCAUAUAUCAAUAAAUCUGGCAAUUUGGCACUUUUGCUUCUUAGGAACGAUCCAUUUCGCGUUGCACUGGCGAUUUGUCAGACUACAUACAUCAAUAUCAGCAUGCAAAACAAUCUAAUCUUAAACUCUAGUAGUGCUAUGCUCAUUCAAUAUGUCGAAGAAUCCCUCGUCAUGUUAGAGAGCAAGAUCACACAACAUGGAACUGGCUAUACUUACUAUUGGUACAUCUCAGCGGCAUCUGCAUUGCUACGAGGAUUAUUGGCUCCCGAGGAAGCCUCAAGAGAGAAGGAAGAGGCCAUUGGUAGGGUAACCAGACAGUAUUACCGUAUACUGGCAUGGCAGGAAGAUCUCGUAAAAGCCAGGGAUAUGAUAGUUUCAGUACCCACUAGCGACCCCGAUUAUACUGGAAGUUUGCUGGUUCCAGAUGCAUUGAACGAUACGACGGGACUUUCAAUUUUGCCCGGUGAUGAUCCACAGGCUAUGCAUAUGGACAUGCCAUUAGACGAGUUCUUUUUUGGUAAUCCCGCCGCCUGGACCUUUGAAAAUCUUUGGUCCAUAGAUUAG